UGCCUCAUUGUUGUUGGAACUUUGGAAGCUAGAAGACAUGUCCAUUGCACUCAAGCAAGUUUUUAAUAAGGACAAGACAUUCCGUCCCAAACGGAAAUUUGAACCUGGGACCCAGAGGUUUGAGCUUCACAAACGAGCACAAGCCUCACUCAAUUCUGGAGUGGACCUGAAGGCAGCUGUGCAGCUGCCCACUGGAGAAGAUCUAAAUGAUUGGGUUGCUGUUCACGUAGUUGACUUUUUCAACAGGAUCAACCUGAUCUAUGGAACUAUCUGUGAGUUCUGCACAGAGAGAACUUGCCCCAUGAUGUCAGGUGGGCCUAAGUAUGAAUACCGAUGGCAGGAUGAUUUAAAGUACAAGAAACCUACAGCAUUACCGGCACCCCAUUAUAUGAAUCUUUUGAUGGACUGGAUUGAGGUGCAGAUCAACAAUGAGGACAUCUUUCCAACUAGUGUAGGUGUACCAUUUCCAAAAAACUUCCUCCAGAUCUGCAAAAAGAUCCUGUGCAGGCUAUUUCGGGUGUUUGUACACGUUUACAUUCAUCACUUUGACCGCAUCAUUAUCAUGGGGGCUGAGGCCCACGUCAAUACCUGUUACAAGCACUUUUAUUAUUUUGUCACAGAGCUCAACCUCAUAGACCGUAAGGAACUAGAACCUUUGAAAGAGAUGACAGCCCGAAUGUGUCACUGAAGAACCGUGCUGCAUGGAGGGGGG